UGACUUGCAAUGAUAUGUGACGGAGCUUUUGACGGUUGACAUUAUUUGAAAAAUAAGCUGUGAAAAUAAACCCAAUUUUAAAGAUUUUCUUCCAAAAGGAAAACCGAUUAAUAUAAAUAUAAUAACAUGAGCUACUCCAGAGUGCAGUGAAUAACUCAUUUGCGUAACCCGAAAAGUCUGAUUACUAAAAACAGCAGCAGUAUGCAUUCCUUUGGGAAAAGGAUCGAGGACUACGAGGUCCAUAAUUUAUUAGGAAAAGGAGGUUUUGCCUCUGUUUACCACGCAAGAUGCCUGAAAACUCAUACAGAUGUAGCUAUAAAAAUGAUUGAUAAAAAGCUUAUGCAAGCCACAGGAAUGGUGAACAGAGUUAAGCAAGAAGUGGCAAUACAUUCAAGACUCAAACAUCCAGCUAUAUUGGAACUUUAUGAGUGCUUCGAAGACAUAAACUAUGUGUAUCUUGUCUUGGAAUUGUGCCACAAAGGGGAGCUACAGAAAUAUGUUAAAGGAAAAGUACUUUCAGAAAACGAAGUUAGCAACAUAAUGGCUCAGGUUGUUGAAGGCAUCAAGUACCUGCACUCAUACAACAUCUUACACAGAGACUUAUCUUUAUCAAAUCUGCUUUUGACAAAGGAUAUGCAAGUGAAAAUAGCAGAUUUUGGUCUGGCUACCCAACUGUCUAGACCAGAUGAAAAGCACAUGACUAUGUGUGGGACUCCAAACUUCAUAUCACCAGAGGUUGCUUCUCGCGGCUCCCAUGGGUUGGAAGCCGAUGUAUGGGGCCUUGGAUGUCUUUUAUAUACUUUAUUGGUCGGUUCUCCACCAUUCGACACGCCUGCCGUCAAGAGCACAUUGACUAAGGUCGUUUUGUCAAGCUAUACCCUACCCGAUCAUCUGUCGUCCGAAGCUAAGGAUCUGAUUAACAACCUGCUCCAGAAGAAUCCGAAAGACCGCAUCACCCUGGAUCAAAUUCUGGAACAUCCAUUCAUAAAGAGGAGCAGGAACGUACCUUCGCAUUUGAUCCACGACAGCGGCAUUCACACAAUGUCUAGUAAACGGGAUGACAGUGCUUUUUGUGAGACCGGAUCAGUGCAUUGCAGCUACAAUCAGCAAGUCAGGAGGACUAACAGUGACUGUUUGCCUUGUGGAAACCCUCAUGCUUCUUUAGAGAAAGGGAUGAUUAGGAGUUGUGAAAAUGAAAGGUUAAGUUGACAAAACAAGUGUGUGGGCAUAGUAAUCCACCUCGAAGUCAGGGCAGUCAAGGUUACAGUCACAAUAAAGUUUGUAGUUACGAAGAAUCAGCUAGACCCCCUGAACGUAUGCUAAAUAAUUAUAUGGAUUUUGAGGCCCCGGAAACCAAGGGAUAUAAAUACCCACCAGAGAGAAAAUCCGUGAGUUAUUGCAGUGACAUAUGUCAAUGUCCUGGAGGAGGUGGCAGCCUUAACUACGGAUUUAAUCGUCCACAGUUCACUCACCAUUCAGAUCCUCCUUAUAAUGGAGCUACUGGGAACUACUUAUACAGCCAUACUAACGAUGCCCCUCCUGGACCACAAAUGCGAUGCAUUGGCGGUGAAAGUGAUGAGGUUGGUCGGAAAGAGGAAUAUGUUCCAAAAUAUGUCAGACCUGUUCCAGAACCGCAUGAGCUGCCGUUGAGGAUGAUGAACGAGUUAACAGUGAGGUCGGGUGAUACUGGUUUUGCCCUGAAAGAAACACCGAGAACGGAUGACGCAUCAAAUUUCCAUGGCAUGUUACCGAAACGCUACGAUCCCGCAUUCAGGAGAUCCCCAGAGAUAGUGAAGGAAAAACGGAAUACUGGCUUAGUACCUCUAUGUUCGGAACGUUUACUACCUACGAGACAUCAAACCAAGAAUACUGUGUUGAGUAUAUUGAAGGACGGAGAAGUUUGUAUAGAAUUUAUUAAGAAAAGAAGCAGUGGCAGAGAAGUGGUGUAUGAGGUGAUGCGGAUCUCAGCUGACGGAAUGCGUGUGGUAAUGUAUGAACCUGAAGGUUCUCCGCCUUCGAAUCCCGAUGGACCUCCUCCGCCUAAAGCUGCUGGUGCAGAUCGAAUUUGCAGUUUUGAUAACCUGUCCGAUCGACAAAGAAAAAAGUACAUGUAUGCUGCCAAGUUUGUCGAGCUGGUCAGAGCAAAAACACCCAAAGUCACCUACUACACUGAUAAGGGGAAAUGCUUCCUCAUGGAAAGCCUGGAAGAUUUUGAAAUGUGCUUCUAUGAUGGUUACAAGAUAACGGAAUCUCCGUCAGAUGGAGUCCAGCUGACAACGCCAUCUGGCGACAUCAUUCGUUUCCGUUCUGCCGAGGAAUGUUCGGCGUCGGAAGCGUCUCUGACUCCAGAACUGCGGCUGACUUGGAAGCACUCUCGUGAUGCCUUGCAGCAUUGCAAGGCGUUAGAGAGGGCUCUUGCGGAUCUACCGAAGACCUCGUUCCCGGCUAUAAUCGGCAGAAGGCUGCAGCAAGCUGGCGAGGGGAAGGAAAACAGUCCGCGACCGCGACAUGCAAUGAUCCCUUCAUUCACUGUAUCAGUGGACGGCAGCGUGGGUAGUACAUCGACAGUACCCUUGGGACACCGUCGUACCGGGAACAGUACCACGGAUACAGCCAACAGCAGCGCGAGUGGCAAGCAACGUCGGGUGGCCGUUCCAGGAGUGGGGGUAGCGUGGCAGACGGUAGGAGGGGAGGUUAAAGUGAGGUACGCUGACGGGUCUCAGCUGGCGGUGGACGGGAAGCACCAUGUGAGGUACCAGUAUGCGGAUGGCAGAACGGCCGAUUAUCAAGAUACAGAUGUGUUACCGAGGAUAAUCAUGGAAAAACUACAGCACAUGCCGAAAGUAUUAAAGCAUUUGGCACCAAGCCCGGUUUCCCAGAAGAUUUACAACAUGAGGUAGAAUAUAAUAAUUUUCUUACUAUCCUGAAGUGCCUUAUUUCAUUUAUAUAGUUGUUAAUUUUGUAUAUAUUUGUUAUUGGAAAAUAUCAUGGAAUUAUAACAGCUCUCAAUGUUUUAGGUAAUUAGAAGGUUUUUCUAUUUUGUUAUUAAUUCGUUAAUUUGCACUAGUAUAGUUUUGUUUGGAGCACCUCAUCAAAAUAUGGUCUAGACUAGCGAAUAUUUAUUUUAAUUUUAAGAAUAAGUUAGUUGAUACCUUAAUGCGUUUAUUUUCAUAUUAAAAAGAAACAAACGGG